AUGUAUAAUCUUGGUCUCAAACGCAAUAUCAACUCUGUGUUAGGGAACCGUCCCUUAUUGUGGUGCUGGCCCACAGUUCCCCCGGGUACAGGCUUGAAAUACCAGCUCGCCGAGGGAGAGGACCCUGACGCUGAGAUGUGGCCACCAGAGGACCCCGCCAAGGCCUAUACCCUACCCGAACCCGAUCCAAACUACAAGUUUCGGCUUCCAGAUAGUCCUUGGACGUAUCAGAACGGCUCGUUAAAUCCUAAUCUCGAGCCCUCUAAUGCUCGCCAGCGCUCAACAUCCCAGAGGCGCCGGAAAGUCCUACAAGGGCCCUACUCCUCUCUUCCUCCAUACCAUCCGGAUUAUAAUGAGACACAGGACGAAGACGCGUAUUCAGUUUCGUCCGAGUCUUCGGGUUACGAAGAGUACGAAGACAAUUCUGCGUUCGCUCAUCGAAUCGCCGAGGGAGUAGCUCGUGUCAGGCGAGGUUCUGAGGGUUAUGAGGUCAAGGCCAUCGAUAGGGACGCAAUACUGCAGAAGUUCGUCGAAGGUCGCACGCAUGAACCUGGCAGGUAUCAGCCCUAUGUGCCCCAGCCUGAGAGUGACAGUGAGCCAGAAGAUAUAGAUGAUUCUGUGCCGUUGGCACGGAAGAUAGAAUAG